AUGCGGCUCUCCCAGGGCCCGGCCCGGCCCGGCCCCUCCGCGCCCCGCCCCGCGCACGCGCGGAGCCGCCACCGCCCCUCGCCCCAUUGGCCGCGCUCCGCCCCCCUCCCCGCCCCGCCGCCGCCGCGCAGGCGUAGUCGCGGCCCUUUCGGGAAGGUUCUGUGUCGCACCAGCCUUUCCUUCCUCCGCCAGGGAAAUCCUGUCCGGUGCCCACUUUCACCGCUGCCUCCUGCUCUGCCUGCUCCUGCUUUCAGCAUGGUAAAGAAGAACACUAUCCCUGAUGGAUGGCGGAGUUUGACACCAGUUGGACAGCCUAUACCAGGAACGAGAUUUAUUGCAUUCAAAGUACCUUUAAAAGGGGCAAUUAACCAGAGGCUUACCCCAACCCAGAAAUUUACACCAAAAGACUUAAUUGCUGCAAUGAAAGCCCUAAAUGUAGAGCUUGGAUUAAUUAUUGAUUUAACAUACACCACACGAUACUAUGAAGUUAAGGAUUUACCUAAAAGUGUGCAGUAUAAGAAACUUUAUACUGUUGGACUGGAAGUCCCUGAUAAUGCUACUAUCCUACAGUUCAAAAAGUGGGUCAGAAAAUUCCUUUGGGAAAAUGCAGGAAAUGAGAAACUCAUUGGCGUGCACUGUACUAACGGAAUUAAUAGAACUGGCUAUCUUAUAUGUAGGUAUCUUAUAGAUGUUGAAGGCUGGGAUCCAGAGGCAGCAAUUCAGGCUUUUGGUGAUGCCAGAGGUCACCGCAUGGAUGGCCUUGUGUAUCUCACAGAUCUCAGGACGCAGCCGAUGCGAAGUAACCUUGGAAUGGAUGUAUGGGAUGCAGAUGAAGAUAUUAUCCCACCACCACAUGCAAUGGAAGGAUCUGUAGAGCGGUUCCCAAAUGAAGAUUUUCAGGGGUCUGGGAAAAGAUUAAGAAUUUAUGAUGACCACACUCACAAUGAUUUGCAAGGACAGAUGCAAUUGCGAGAUUUUGACUUCGUUAAUAAGGGGCCUGGACAAAGACGAAGACCAUUUCAUGAGCAUCAAACUCAGGAUGAAUUAAGAGCAUCAGUGCAGAUGAGAAAUUGGGACUACAAUAGGGGACCAGAACAAAGAGCCUUUACUGAUCACCAGUUUUAUGAUGAUUAUCAAGAAGACCCGCAGCUGAAGGACCUAGACUUCAGUAGCAAGGGACAUGGACAGAGUUUAAGACCUUUUCAUGGGCACCAGUUUCAUGAUGAUUUGCAAGCAGACAGACAGUCUUUUGACUUCAGCAGAGGACGGGAACAGAGGCAGAGAUCCUUUCCUGACCAUCCAUCUCCUAAUGAUUUCCAGGAAGACAGGCAGUCAAAGGAUUUUGAUUUCGGUGGCAGGGGCCGUGGCCAGAGGCGAAAACUGUUCCAUGACCACCAAUCUCAUGAUGAAUUUCAGACUCAAAUGCAGUUAAAAGAAUUGGAUUCUGCCAGUAGAGGUCCUGGCAAAAGACUAAGAUCCUUUCAUGACUAUGAGUCACGUGAUGGGUUGCAAUCACAGAUGCAAUUGAGAGAUUUUGAAUUUCUUAAGAGGGGUCGUGGGCAGAGGUUGAGACCUUUCAAUGAUCACCAGCCUCGUAAUGACUUAAAAACAGAGAUGCAGCUGAAAGAUUAUGAUAAUAAAGGUCCUGGACAAAGGUGCAGACCUUUUCAUGACCCUCAGCCUUAUGAUGGCUUACAGGAACAGACUCAAUCAAAAGAUUUUGAUUAUGGUAAUAAAGGGCACGGGCAAAGACCAAGACCUUUUCAUGAUCAUCCAGGUCACAAUGACUUGCCGCAUGAAUGGUGUUCAGACAGAAGUCAGUCCUUUCCUUCCCACGAAAAUGUACCAGAACCUCAUUUCUCCUCAUCUCCUUCACUUCACAGAGAUUACGGGUCUGAUAAUGAUGACUUUAACAGAAAUUACAGUAAUCGACCACAUUGUCCUGAAGACAAUAGGAGAGUGCAUCCCUCAGAGGAAUUUCAUAGAGGAAAAAACAGAUUUGCACCAUACUCUUCACGAACAAUGCACCCAUCUUCAUCCAUACACCAAGAAGAUAGUUCAAUAGACUAUGAAAGAAAGCCUUUUCAGGGUGAAACUACCAGUGGCAUGGAACAAAGUAAAAGAUUAGCAGUUGUAACAGUUGAUUACAAUUAUGGUCUGCCACUAGACUGUGGACCUGAAGAGGAUGAGAGAUCCCAUUAUGAUUUACCACCAAGAGACCGCUACAACUGGAACUGAAUAAAAAGGACAGUGUUUGCUCAGCUUAGAAUUACUUUUACCCAUUUUAUUUUGUAUGUGGACCAAUUUUUUUUUAAGCAAAUUAGUUAAAUGAAACUUUCAGUAGUAAAGAACAGAUCUCUAUUGUAAGAUUAGCUUCUACUGAUAUUUGGUUCUUUGAAUUUAUUAGGCUGUAUUUGUUAAGUGUCAGUGGAGACAAUGUCUCUGUACACAUGGAAUUAAAGCAGUCCUUCCUUUUAGUAAAAUUGCAACCCUGAAAGAAAUAACCCCUUAAAACAAACAACUUUCUGAGUGACUGUGUUUGUUUUUUGUUUUGCAGUUCUUUAAAAUAUAUGUGAUUUCCAGAUGCAUAAUAAAACACUGCACUAUCAGGUAGACUAGCAUUGAAAUUAUAGGGAUAAUACUUAGAAAUUAAUGAAGCCAGGUUAUGUACAGUUUUGAAAACAGAACUUUGAAUUACUGCUAAAAGUCACUGCAGCACCACAGUUUACUUCCAUAUAAUCUGUACUAUCCACUGAACUGGCCUAGUUGCAUUCUUUUUCAUAGCAGAAUUUUUCCCAGAUUGCUAAGAACAUGUAAACAAGUGGAAUUUGAAUAUUCUAAAUGUCAAACUUGCUUUUCGGUAAUUGCAAUAUCUCAUCCUGAUUGUGUAUUUUUUUCCUGAUCCCUUAGGUUAUCUAUGUUUCAGAAUAGCCCACUGCAGGUAAAUUUCACCAGUUUCUCAGCAACAAAUCCUAAGGAAGGUAGGUCAUGUAUGUCAGCUUCACUGUCUCGACUGGCCAAGGGCACUGGUGCCCAUGUACUUACACCUCCUUGUUUGUCAGUCACACCUGCCCUACUCCUCAGUUCUGUUGUUUACUAGUUUCUUCUUACAGCAGAGCAAUGUAAUCAGAACAGCAAACUUGUUCAGGUGAGCUCCUUUUAAUGGUCAUGUAUUGAACAGUCUCCUGAAGUGCCUGUGGCUCUCACAAAGGUUGUGCAACAAACAGUAACUGAAUUUAUGCCAGUAGCUGCUCAGUAGCACCAAGAACUCCUACUAUGGAUAAGGAAAUCAUUCCCUAGGAUGGAAAACAGUAUUACUAUAGCACUUAGGUAAAUUAAAAUACCUACAUUUUUCAUUACUAUUACAUUUUAAUGAAGUAAUACUUGAAAGGGCAUCACAAUAAAUAAGGACAAAGGUAGAGCAUUAUAUUAAAAUUAUUCAAUGCAAUGCUACUUAAGUCAUACAGUUAAGACACUGCCUUAAAAGCAAAGCUUUAAAGCAUCAAGCAAGAGAGCAAGAGGGUCUAGGUAUACGCUAGAAAACUGGAAAAAAAAGUGUAUGUACCAAAACCCAGAAAAGUUUUCUUUUUUGGCUUUUAGUGAUGUCAUAAAACCCAGAUUUCUGAAUUCGUGGUUCUGUACUAAACAAGAACUAGAUUGGAGUAUCUUGUAACUCCUGUUGUUUGGUAACACAUGCAAACAGUUCCCCUAGUCAAAGGACUCCAUGGGUAUAAAUUCAUACUGCAAAUGCUUCAUUGCCUGUGCAACUGGUAGAACAACUUUGGCUUUGUUCAUUGUACAAAGUAAAUAGUUUUCUCAUUUUCACAGCAGCUUUGUAUUUCCCAUUAAAUUGUAUUUGCCAUCAAAUCUGAUGGUGAGCUUCAUUCAUGUGGUCUCAGGAAUUAAGCCCUGUCUAUAUAAACCAGUUGUGGAACUGAACACUAAAUGUUAUGAAAAGGCAUUUGUUCCUUCACUUGCCUUCCCUUUUUUUUUAAAACUUGAGCUGUAAGAUGAGAAUCUUUAUCUACACUUCUUUAUUUGGAAGCAAGAAAGAUCUGCAACAUGGGCUACUAUAGAUUCUUUUAAAAAAUCAACAAAAAACACCCUUCCUGGCAUUUUCCAGCAGGAACUCAAGAAUUACAGACUGCUAUUACAAGCAUUUGUUUGAGGUUUUUUCCUACUAUGUAUGCAGUAUUCAUAAAGUGAAUAAAGAGCAGAAAACAUUUGCCCAUUUGUAUUUUUGUUUUGGGGUUUGUUAUUUAGGAUUGCAGUGACCCUAGAGUCAAUCCUUUUACUACUUCAGACUGGAGACCUGCUGCAGUGGAAGGCUCAAUGAAGAAGAAACAUGGCAUAAGAAGUCAAGAUCAGCAGCAGCUCUUACCAGCCCUUGUCAGUUCCUGCAGGACCCUUUGAGGGUUCAGGUGCAAACAACCAGGUGGUGCAAUUCUGUUAUCUAACAAAACAAAUGUCACUUUCCUGCCUAUGUUGAAUGUCUGUCUUCAGGGAAUAUUGUUAGACAUGAUGUUUCCACAAGUGGUUUUGAGAAGACUAUAUGGAAAUAGAUAUAGUUUUGUUUGUGUAUUUAUUUAUUUAUAAUUUAGGAUAAGGCUCUCCACCCUAUUGUUCCUGAUGGAAUUAUACAGAACGAAGCCCACAUAAUGUAUUACGAAC